AUGGCCAAGAUCAGCAAAGACGUUUCUUCUUCCAGAAGCAAGAGUAGAAAGGCCUACUUCACCGCUCCAUCUUCCGAGCGCCGUGCCAUCCUCUCUGCUCCAUUGUCCAAGGAGCUGAGAGAGCAAUUCAAGAUCAAGAGCUUGCCUGUCAGAAAGGAAGACAGCGUCUUGGUUGUCAGAGGCUCCAAGAAGGGUCAAGAAGGCAAGAUCUCCUCCGUUUACAGAUUGAAGUACUCCAUCCAAUUGGAGAAGCUGACCAAGGAGAAGUCCAACGGAGCCUCCGUUCCAAUCAACAUCCACCCAUCCAAGGUUGUCAUCACCAAGUUGUACCUGGACAAGGACCGCAAGGCUUUGAUUGCCAGAAAGGGUGGUAAUGCCGAGUAA